AUGGCAGCAUGUUCCAGCCUGGAGGAUAAAUCCUCGUCGUCUAAGGAUCCUUUGCCACUCAAAAUAUUCGUUCCCGACUCCGUGAAUCAUGCCGUGCGCGAAAAUUGCUACCGCGAGUUCUCCAACGUCACUAACAACAGCGAAGCCUUCUCAGAGGUGACGGACGCGGGCGACCUGCGGCGGCUGUCCAUCGACGCGUUCCAGGAGCUGCUGGAGGAGGCCAGCACCUUCGAGCGGCCGGAGGAGUACCGCGAGAGCCGGCUGCUGCGGCGCCUGCGGGAGGAGGCGGGGCCGCCCGAGGACGAGGAGGCCGCCAAGGGGCUGCCCCAGGCGCACUCCCUGCAGGACCUGGCCUACCCCCCCAUCGUGGACCCCCGGGACAUCCCGCUGCCGGACGAGGCCCCCCGCCCGGAGGACCGACGGAGCAAGUUCUACGUCGACUACAACGACGUCGACACCACCGUCACCUUCCCCCUCAAGUUUGUGUCCAGCAUGGACGAGCCUGUGGAUGAGCAGCUCAAGCGGCAGAUGAGCUUCCCCAUGGUGCCCUGGCCCAACAGGCCCUUCGAAGUCAGGUCCUUCUUCAGCUCCAUGCCCCUGGAGACAGACCCCACACGAGGCGACAAGCAGCUGACGGACGUGAACGGGAACCCCUUCUCCAAGUCUCGGCAGACGGCGGGGCUGGCCUCCCUGGUCUCCUCCUCCCUGAUGGACUACGGGGGCGGCCUGCCCUCCGAGGGUGGCAAGAACCGGAAGAACAAGCGCACGCGCCAGACGGCCGACAAGGGCGUGCUGUCCGAGAGCAUCGAGGGACACCGGGGGGAGGAGGACAUCGACGCCCUGCUCCGCUUCAUCAACUCCUCCGACAAGAAGGGCGGCAAGAAGAAGGGCCUCAAGCACCACAAGGGCGGCAAGAAGAAGGAGGCGCACUCCCGCUCCAGCUCCACAGAGAACCUGGCAUCGGACGCCAGCGAGGAGGCCAAGGCCGACACGGAGGGAGGCAAGGAGGACUCGGGCGAGGAGUCCGGUGCCGGGAGCCCCCCCGGGCGGUCCGGCUUCGCGGCGGAUUUCUACUCGACGGCGGACGUGUCCUCCCAGACGGUGGAGGAGUCGGGCGGCUUCCUGAUCGUGAAGAAGAAGCAGCGGAAAAAACACCAGGGCAAGCGCUCCGACGCAUACCGGUGGCGCAUGGCGCAGACCCAGUGCAAGAAGGGCGGCAUCAUGCUGCCGCUGGCGGAGAGCAAGUGCGGGAAGCAGGACUCCCGCCGCAAGUCCACCAGCUCGGUGCCCCACUCGGACCACUCCUCGGCCGACAACUCGGACCUGGACAGCGUGCACUCGCUGCCGGUGCGGGGCUCGGCCCCCCACCCAGAGCAGCCGCGGCACCCCCACACCACGCCGUCUUCCUCGUCCUCCACCCCCGGCGCCUCCUACGCGGACAUCGCGCGGAUGCCCAUCUCCCGGCCGCCCUUCGCGGCCAGGCAGUGCAACGGCGGGGAGGGGCCCCCGCGGCGCCGGUCGGAGCCCCCCGCCGCCCCCACGGAGAUGCGGGUGCGGUCGUGCUCCGCGUCGACGCGGGAGACGGACACGCAGACGGAGCCGUGCCCCUCGGGCGACUGCGAAAGGACAGAGGCCGCCUGCGCCUGCUCCGCCCGGCAGAGGCGGAGGGGCGGUGCUGGAGAUGGCGCCGCCCCCCGGCCGCUGCCGGACCGUGUGCUACGGGACCGGCAGGAACUUGUGUUACUCCGAGACCAAAGUGAACGCCAAGAGGUUCAACCUCUCGGAAAUAGCCAGCUUCUUCGGGAAAGAAUUUCAAUGUAUAGAAAGAGAAAUAGGUGUGAGCCGGACGAAUUCCAGGGUGGUGUACUACGCCGAGGACGCAUAGUUCCCGUCUGCCGGGGGCCAGCCCCCUAGUACUGUGAUUUAUGACUAUAAAUGGAUAGUUGUCGUUCUAGUUGAGAGAGAC